UUUCACAUUCAUUCAAUUUCAGUAGUCAAAAAUGGCAUCAACCAUGAGUAAUACAUUUAUGUUUUGUGCAGCAAUAAUGCUAUCAUUAGUUCCAUCAGGGUCUGGGAAUGCCGAAGGAGACGCAUUGAUAGUUCAGAAGGACAGCUUAACGGAUCCUACGAAUGUUCUAUCAAGCUGGGAUCCGAGCCUUGUUAAUCCCUGCACUUGGUUUCAUGUCACGUGCAAUCCCCAGAAUCAAAUUACUCGAAUAGACUUGGGGAGAUCUAAUCUAGUCGGUCAUUUGGUACCCGCUCUUAGAAUGCUACAAAGCUUGGAAUCUAUGAGCAUAUUAGGGAAUAGAAUUGAUGGAAAUAUUCCUGCUGAGUUUGGCGAUUUGACGAACCUAAGAAGCUUGGAUUUGUCUGAGAACAGCAUUUCAGGGAUCAUUCCUCCUACAUUGGGAAAAUUGAAAUCGCUCUUUUUUUUACGACUCAAUAACAACCGAUUGACUGGACCCAUUCCCGCCGAAAUUGCUACUAUGACAAGCCUUAGUCUUCUGGAUUUGUCAAACAAUAAUCUUUGUGGACCUGUACCUCCAGGACUUGAACGCAUUGCAGUUAGAAACCUUGUAAAUAAUCCUCGACUUGGACGUCCAUGCUAAGUUUGGCUAUGAAGAUUGAAGAGAGACAUAGAAGAUUUUGUUCACUAAGAUAAACUUAAUAAUAAUCUUAUACACUGUAUAAUAUCAAUACAAAUUUUGUAUUUAAUUUUAAUAUAAUGUGUCGCCAAUUCUUUUUUUUUUAA